GAGGGAACCGGCGGACGCCGCGGCGGGGAGCGAAGCGCAGGCAGCAUGUUCCGAGUGGCGGCGCCCGGGCGGCUCCGGCGGGCGGCCUCAUUGCUACGAUUUCAGAGUACCUUGGUAAUAGCUGAGCAUGCAAAUGAUGCCUUAGCACCCAUUACCUUAAAUACCAUCACUGCAGCCAAGCGUCUUGGAGGCGACGUGUCUUGCUUAGUAGCUGGAACCAAAUGUGACAAGGUGGCACAAGAUCUCUGCAAAGUAGCAGGUGUAGCGAAAGUUCUGGUAGCCCAGCAUGAUGCAUACAAAGGCCUCCUUCCAGAGGAGCUGACACCACUGAUCUUGGCAACUCAGAAGCAGUUCAAUUACACACACAUCUGUGCUGGAGCAUCUGCCUUUGGAAAGAAUCUUUUGCCCCGACUAGCAGCCAAACUCGAUGUUGCCCCAAUUUCUGACAUCAUUGAGAUCAAGUCACCUGACACUUUUGUGAGAACUAUCUAUGCAGGAAAUGCUGUCUGUACAGUGAAGUGUGAUGAAAAGGUGAAAGUGUUUUCUGUUCGAGGAACAUCUUUUGAAGCUGCAGCAACAAGUGGAGGUAGUGCCAGUUCAGAAAAGGCAUCAAGUACUUCUCCUGCUGGGAUAUCAGAAUGGCUUGAUCAGAAAUUAACAAAAAGUGAUCGCCCAGAGCUUACAGGUGCCAAAGUGGUGGUGUCUGGUGGUCGGGGGUUGAAGAGUGGAGAGAACUUUAAGCUGUUAUAUGACCUGGCAGACCAACUACAUGCUGCAGUUGGUGCUUCUCGGGCUGCAGUUGAUGCUGGCUUUGUUCCCAAUGAUAUGCAAGUUGGACAGACAGGAAAAAUAGUAGCACCAGAACUUUACAUUGCUGUCGGAAUAUCGGGGGCCAUCCAACAUUUAGCUGGGAUGAAGGACAGCAAGACAAUUGUGGCCAUUAACAAAGACCCAGAAGCGCCAAUUUUUCAAGUGGCAGAUUAUGGGAUAGUUGCAGACUUAUUUAAGGUAGUUCCUGAAAUGACCGAAAUCUUGAAGAAGAAGUGAUUUGGAAAUAAGGAAAUCAUGUCAAAGUAUUCAGAAAUCCUAGGAAUCCAUGGAUAUUAUAAUAAUCAUUGGAAAGCAUAAACAGCUGCAUUUCAUAAUUUGACAGAAAGUACUGGCAAACUUAACAUAUGCCAGAGUGCUUUUUUUAUGGGGCCUAUUAUUAUGCAUCAUUUUAAUUAUUUGUGGUUCCAGACAAUUAUUUUUUGAAAUUUUCUAAUUCUGUAAUGAAAUAUAUAAUAAAAACCUUUCUAUAGCUUUAAA